AUGUACAAAUAUAUUUUCGCUAUUUUGGCUGUUAUGUUUGCAGUCUCCUCUGCCUGCUCCAACUCACCCUGGAAAACUGCUUCACCAUCAGUUGUCAAGUUACCAGCUGAUUUGUCAGCUGCUGAAUUGGCUUUCCACGAAGCCAAGAUGAUGGAAAUUGCUCAAUAUGCCAUCAACGAAACCUACCACAACAAUAAGAUUCCAAAUGCCAUCUUCACUGCUUCGAUCGUUCAUCCAAACGGUACCACUAUCUGUAUGGACAGAAACAGAGGUGAGGAUUCUUCCAUCAGACACGGUGAGACCCAAGUUAUCUUGGCCUGUUCCGAGAAGUUCAAGAAAAACACAUGGAAGGGAUACUACUUGUACACCACCGGUGAGUCAUGUCCAAUGUGUCAAGCUGCCAUCAUGUGGGCCGGUUUCGACAAGGUCAUCUACGGUACCUCUGUCAAGACUUUGUACUGUGAGCUCUGCAUGUCCCAAAUCUUGGUUGAAUCCAACUUCAUCAACGGUUACGGUUACGGUUUGAACGAUGCCGGUAAUGUUACUCUUGAGAUCAUCGGUGAAGUCCUCACCAAUGUCACCACCCCACAAGUCUUCAGAAACUGGUGUCCAGGUCAGGGUAACGAAACCUUCUGGACCAUCCACCCAAAGUGUAACAGCGAUUACUCACCAUCCUGUGUCAAUGGUUCUUCGAUCCUCUCUACCAACUUUGUUUUCACCUUCGUUGCCAUCAUGGUCAUCGCUAUCUCAAUGUUAUUUUAA